AUGCUGUCUUUGAGAUAUACUUUUCAAUUAGUUUAUCUAAGCUGUUUGAUGACCCACCAAGUCGCCGUGAAAACCAACGAGAUAUUCUUCGAGUCGGAAGCCAUGCAUUCCGCUAUGGCUAUUUAUGCCACGAUGAUGAUCUUCGUCGCUAUCGGUUGCACCAUCACUCUCCUUGUGUGUCUCGUCAUGAUGCACCUAAGUGAGAUCGCCCUCACAAGACGUAGACGGUACACGAACUGUCUCUGCCGCUUCAUCUUCUACACUGAAUAA